ACCCACAUUCAACAUACAUACACACACACACAGACACACACUGGCUCUGAACGACAACUGUCAGAGCUGGAACUUUGAGCUAUAUGUGGAAGAACAAAGUGGGCGAAAGACCGAAGCCUGUCUAAGACAUCAAGAGGAGUGAGCUUCUAAGGAAGGAAAAGAGAUUUAAAGAAGAAAGCAGUAAAACAGGAGACUGUGCUUCAAAUGUAAUUUUAAUGAGAAGAGAACAAGACAGUCGUGUGAAGAGGAUGGCACUCAAAUCUCCCCUCAGCAGGAGGGCCUUUGCCGAGCCUUGAUUCCUCCUUAUCAGGUGACCCCCUUCCAUCAAGGAGUGCAAGGGGUAAACAGGUGAGACAGGAAAGAUGACAUCCUUAAAAAGUCUGGGCUUGAUAUUGGUGGAAUUUGAAUAUGAAUACGAGGGUCGGGACGGUCACAUGGUGUCCAUUAAACCCAAUGAGCGCUACAUUCUCCUGGCCAAAACCAAUGAUCAUUGGUGGCAAGUGUGCAAAGAUGAAUGCGCUAAGCCAUUUUAUAUCCCUGCUAAAUAUGUAAAAGAGCUUCCACCCAACAUCCCUUCACCUCUGGACUUCAGAGAGCCACCAUGCCCUGAUCUAAGGCCUGCUGUGCCUGACCUGGGAGAGGUCCACAAAUCGGAUGAGGUGACAAUAAGACUACGUUCCAAAGGGAAUUAUCAUAAAACGGAAAAUCGCAUGUCGACUUUUGGUGUCCCCUUGGAUUUACAAGAGCCCCCUUAUUACAAGUGUGGCAGACCGUCGGACUCUCUCAUAUCCCUGAAAACGGUUUCUGCCUCAGACUCAUUGCAGCAGAAGAAGAGGACAAGUCAAGCAACUAAUCUGUUGUUUGGCUCUCAUAUCGCUCCAUCUGAAACAGUGCCUGAAAAAUUCAGAGUGCCCAGCUUCAGCCCGGCCGACCCUCUCCACAGACCUAUCCCGGUCAAACCUGUGGAGCUCCCUGUCAUCAAGAACCAGACAGAAACCAAGUCUCACAGGAAGUCACCAGAGCCAGAAUCCCCAAUUGAACCUGAAAGUGAAAGCUCCAGUUCAGAACCAUUGCCGUCACCAGACUCUGAGAAUAUUUAUGAAUCCAUAUCGGAUCUGAAUCUAGACGAGUUGAUACUGACUGACAAAGCACCUACUGGAUUGCCAGACGCUGAGACCAACACAACAGGCUCACUUUCAAAGAUAAAGGUUGAGAAUGAAAACCCCAACACGGCGGUGUAUGCUAACGUUACUGACCUGAAGAAGACCGGCCGUCACUCUCCGAUCUCCUCUGCCUCCACCUGCUCCUCACCUGGCAUUGCCCUCAGUCCCGCCCCUGACUCCGCCUCCUCGCCAAACUCGGCCGGAUGGCAGGUUCAUACUGACCACGACAGCGGCAAAGAGUUCUAUUACCAUCCUACCACGGGGCAGAGCAGUUGGUCUGAUCCCCGUAGCCCCCACCCAGGUGCUGGUAUGGAGUCUGCGACCUCCCCCUUACCUGCAUUGUCCAUCCCAUCCUCAGCCCACUCGCAGGGCUCUGACUGGGAGCAGCUUUUGGAUGAGGCCUCUGGGAGACAUUACUACUAUAACCACACUUUGAAGCAAACCACUUGGACUGUGCCAGAUCCGCUGUCCCCUCCGCCCUCCGCAGACGGUGUGCACAAUCAUGGCAAGCAAGCAGAUGUGCCGCCACCUCUGCCAGAGGAGGACUACCCUACAAAUGAGAAUGAGGAAUCCCAUAAUCUUCCUCACCUCCCUAAGGAUCUUCAGUUAUCCCAAAUCAAACGCGCCAUCAUCCCUAGGGCUGCUAUGGACACACAUAAAGAUGUCCCUGUGGGCUGGAGCCAAUCUGUAGAGGAUGGAAAGUGUGUCUUCACAAGUGAAAACACACACGAACAGUGGGUCCAGUCUAAAGAUGACAAAGGGAAGGUGUAUUACUACUCAAAAGAUGGCUAUAAAUGUCAGUGGGCUCUUCCAGAGGCUUCAGUCUUGCCCGGUCAGCCGACAAUGGGAAACGGAACGGACCAAGAUGCUCAACCUGUUGUGAACAGCUGGAGACACACUAUGGGCCAGUUCAGUGUUUCCCAGGAAGACCUGAAAUUUUCCCCUUCUCACCGGAGGAUCGCCUCUGACUAUGCCAGUGAUGCCUCCAGUUCAGGGAAUUCACCAGAAACACAACAUCACGAUAAAAGGCCAAGACGGCAGAGGAACAUGUCCAAUCAGAGUGUAGAUUCACAUUCACAUCAUUCAUCAUUAGAGAAAGCUGGCAUCCUCAACAAGACCAAAGUUGCAGAGAAUGGGAAGAGGCUGAGGAAGAACUGGGCACAGUCGUGGACUGUUCUCCAUGAUGGCAUAUUGACUUUCCAUAAGGACCCUAAAUCUACACCUGCUGGGAUGUCAACCAAGUCCAAUCAGAUCGUCCCAGAGUUCACAGUGGAACUGAAGGGAGCGACUCUAUCAUGGGCGUCCAAAGAAAAAUCCAGCAAGAAGAAUGUUCUAGAGCUGAAGACACGUCACGGUGCAGAAUAUCUUAUACAGUAUGACACAGACAGCAUCAUCCACGACUGGCACAAGAUCAUCCUGGACACCGUCAAACUGCUGGAGGACCAUGGCCAUAACUCCGAGGAUGAGGUAGAAGACAUUCCAGAAAAAUCUCCAUUGCCUGCAGACAAAGAGAGGAAGACUGACUCAACAAGGUUGAGUUCGUCAAGCAACAUAGAUACAGAACAGGGACGUGUUCGCAACAAAUUACGGAAGUUCCUCCAGAGGAGGCCCACCCUACAGUCAGUCAAAGAGAAAGGCUACAUCAAAGAGAAUGUUUUUGGCUGCCACCUAGACACUCUGUGCCAUCGGGAGAAUGUGACCGUGCCCAAGUUUGUGGAAAAAUGCAUCAGAUCUGUGGAGAAAAGGGGUCUUAAAAUAGAUGGAAUUUACAGAGUGAGUGGGAACCUGGCUGUUAUUCAAAAGCUUCGAUAUAAAGCUGAUCAUGAAGAGGAUUUGGAUCUGGAGGACGGGCAGUGGGAGGAGAUCCAUGUGAUCACAGGAGCUCUGAAGCUCUUCCUGCGUGAACUUCCGGAGCCUCUGUUCCCCUUCAGCUUCUUUGAUGGGUUCAUUGCUGCCAUUAAAAUGAGUGACUACAACCAGAAAGUGUCAUAUAUGCGGGAUCUUGUAAGAAACCUGCCUUUGCCCAACCAUGACACUAUGGAGGUUCUCUUCAAACAUCUCCGCAAGGUGGUUGAGCAUGGUGAGUCGAACCGCAUGUCUGUCCAAAGUAUGGCCAUUGUUUUCGGCCCAACAUUGCUGAGACCCCAGGAGGAGUCUAACAUCACCAUCCACAUGGUCUUUCAGAACCAGAUCGUGGAGCUCAUUCUCAACGAAUUCAAUGAGGUCUUCCGAACCAAAUGAAAUCAUCCAACUUAAAGGGAUAGUUCACCCAAAAAUUAAAAUUCUCUCAUUGUUUACUCACCCUUAUGCAAUC